ACGGUUUCUUCCAACCUCGUCGAGCAAACGUCUUCUUUACUCGCCGAAGCCCUAGAAAACUACACAACAAUAAUGGCCGCAGCAGCAGCAGCCGUCGCCGUCGCCCCAUGUGCCGUCAUCGGCCAGCUCUCGUCACUCCCCCGCCUCCACCUCCACCUCCACCUCCACUCGAUGCGAGCGCCAAACCAAAUCGCAGCCGUCAUCCCAAGUUCUUCCAAAGCACGUAACUGGCGGUCCCUCAUCGUUGCUUCUGCGGCGCCGGGGGCGAUCGAAAAGCAUGACAGCUCCACUGGCACCGCCCUGGAGCAGCAGCCGCGCCGCUCCCCCUCCGCCCUCUCUUCUUCUAGGCUGAUCGAUCCGCUAUCGCCUGUGAGGACGAUGAGGCAGAUGUUGGAAGCGAUGGACCGGGUGUUCGAGGAUAUGAUGGCGUUCCCUGGGAUGAGGAGAAGCCGAUCAUCGUCGACUUCGGCAAGGGAUAUAUGGGCACCGUGGGACAUCAUGGAGGAUGAGAAGGAGGUGCGAAUGCGGUUCGACAUGCCAGGGUUGUCCAAGGAGGAGGUUAAGGUGAUGGUGGAGGACGACGUGCUCGUUAUCCAGGGAAAGCACAAGACGGAUGAAAAGGGGAACGACGGUGACAGCCAAGGGAAGACAACGGAGAAGGACAUGUGGUGGAAAAAGCGGAGCUACAGCUCCUACGACAUACGGCUUAUGCUGCCGGAUUACUGCGACAAAAGUAAGGUGACCGCAGAACUUAAGAACGGUGUGUUGCUGGUCACUAUUCCCAAGAUCCCAGGGACAAGGGAGGUCAUCACCGUUGACGUGGAGGGAUAAUUUAAUAUACAAGCAUGUACAUGUGGCGUAAUCCUCCUCUUUUUUACUUAUAAUAAAAUUUCUUUCCGAGAGACUUAUUAAGGUAACCUAAA